AUGUCUCUCGGACGUAUCGCAAAGCUCAACACCGGCGCCACCAUCCCCCUCUUCGGCUUGGGAACAUGGCAGAGCAAGCCCGACGUUGUCAAGAACGCCGUCAAGGUCGCCUUGGACGCCGGAUACCGCCACAUUGACGCCGCGUGGAUCUACGGUAACGAGAAGGAGGUCGGUGAGGCCAUCCGUGAAUCCAACAUCCCCCGUGAGCAAUUGUUUGUUACAACCAAGCUUUGGAACAACUCGCAUCGUCCUGAGGAUGUUUUGCCUGCCCUGGAGACUUCGUUGAAGAACUUGGGCUUGGAGUAUGUUGAUCUGUACUUGAUGCACUGGCCUAUCGCUUUCAAGUCGGGCCCUGCAGCAGUCGCCAGGGACGAGGCCGGCAAGUUGAUCUUUGAAGACGUCGAUAUCGUCGCCACCUACCAGGCUAUGGAGAAGCUCGUCGAGACCGGCAAGACCAAGGCCAUCGGUGUCUCCAACUUCUCGAUCAAGAACCUCGAGAAGAUCCUUGCUAAUGCUAAGAUCGUCCCUGCUGCCAACCAGGUCGAGCUUCACCCCGAGAACCCUCAGUGGGAGCUUUUGGAGUUCUGCAAGUCCAAGGGUAUUCAUCUCACUGCUUACUCUCCCCUGGGCUCGACUGACUCUCCCUUGAUCAAACGCGAUGAAAUCUCAAAGAUUGCAGCAAAGCACAACACCAGCAACGCCAAUGUCUUGAUCGCCUGGGGCCAGCAGCGUGGAACUUCAGUCAUCCCCAAGUCCGUCACCGAGUCGCGUAUCAUCUCCAACUUCAAGGACAUCGAGCUCGAUCAGGAGGACCUUGCUGCCUUGAAGGCUCUUCUUGAGGGCAAGGCUCCUCAUCGCUACUGCGAUCCCAAGGAGUUCUGGGGCGUUGAUGUCUUCAACUAG